UCAAUUCAAUUAUCUCACACUCCUCAAACAACCUCAUGUAAUAUGCCCAAUAGCCUUGUAACCAGCGCCGUCUCGCCGCCGAUUAAGCACCGUGUCUCCGUCGCCGUUUAGUGAAUCUACCGUCGUCACCGUGACUUUCCUUAAUUCCCCCUUCCUUUUGGUGGGUCCCAAAAAAUCACACUACGUCAUCGUCAUCUGAGAAACGCCACACCGAGAUAACAGAGGAAAAUCCGAUGAGAGCCCUGCUUAAUCCCGAAUCUUCCUUCUCUCUCUCUUCGACCUCUUCGUUUCAGAUCAAGAGGUCUCUCCACCUGGACCCAUCGAGCUCUUCAUGCCUCCGGUUUCCUUUAACCGGUUGCAACGGCCGUCCCUGGCGGCGGAAGCUCGCUGGUAGUUUGAAGAUAAAGGCAGUGUUGGACUCCGCAAUGAUGGAGCAGUUAGGGCUCAAGGACUCCGAUAUCAAGAACCCGGCGAUUUCUUCCACGUACCGGAGGUCGUCGAUUCCGAAGGCAAACCUUACCGUUCUUGAUGCCCAAGCUAGGGUUUGCACUGGUCCGACCCAGACAAGACCCCUUACCGAAGAACAGGCUUUUAAGGUGUUUGAUACGAUAUUAAGAUCAGCUAGAGGUGAGCUAAAAGACGAGGAACCUGUUUCAAAAGCUCAACUUGGUGCGUUUUUCGCUGGAAUGACAAUCCGUGCAAAUGCAUUUCCGGAGGAAACUCAAUGGAGUGAAGGCGAAAAGCGUGCGAUGGAUGUAUUUUGGCCGCUCCUGGUUCGAGCAUUACCUCCUGAUGUGCUCUUCAUUGCCGACCCUGAAGGCUCUCUUUUAGGCACGGGAUCCUCGGUUGGACCAACUUUUGUUGGCAACGAAGCUAGAGAGAUGAGACUGGUCGGUGCUCUAAGAGAGGUUUUGGCUGGAGGUCACCUUGGGUACGAGGAGGUCAAGGGUGUCUUAAGAGACGUUCUUCCGCUUGCGACAGAAGGUAGCUUGACCUCGGGGGUAAGCGAGUCGUUGCUUUCGGCGUUUUUGAUUGGUCAGCGUAUGAACAGAGAGACAGACCGAGAGCUUAAAGCGUACUGCCUUGCAUUCGAUGACGAACUUGGGGCUCCUCCAGUUGCUGAUGUCAAAUCUUUAACACAUUACGGCGAGCCUUAUGAUGGGAAUACUCGAUUCUUUCGAAGCACUCUAUUUGUGGCUGCAGUUAGAGCCUGCUAUGGUGAAUCUUCAGUGCUCCAUGGCGUUGAAUGGAUGCCUCCAAAGGCGGGUGUGACUGAGGAACAAAUGCUGAAGUUUAUGGGGGCAAACACAAGCUUGUCUGUGCAGCAGGCGAAAGAACUCAUCGAGGACGAGAAGGCUGGAUUUGCGUAUCUUAGUCUACGGGAAGCUCGGCCGUCUUUAUAUUCUCUAGUUGGAAUGAGGGAGCAUAUAAAGAAGCGGCCUCCUCUGGCAACAACGGAGAAAGUUCAGCAAUUUGUGAGGGCGACAGGGAAGGAAGCAAUUGUGGCUGGGUUUUACCACGAAGGCUACGAAGAGCCUCUCUUAAUGCUUAUGAGACGGAGAGGUGUCCACUCUGGUUUGGUGAUUAAGGGCGAGGAAGGGGCCCUCUCAAUGACAACUAGGGUGAGAGCAGCAAGUGCAUCGAAAGGGUUUCCAGUUAACUACUGUUCUGGUUUUCGUUCACUGAGUUCAGGCACGGCUCUAGAAGCUGAUGGGGUCUCGAGGCAGAGUUUCAAUCUCGAGGUGGAUGCGAGAGACUAUGGCUUUGAACCAACCGAAACACCACGAACUGAUCGUUCGGUGUCGAAGAACAUAGAGCUUGGUUUGGCAGCGCUUAGUGGUGAGAAAGGCGCGGCGUAUGAUAGAAUCGUUCUAAAUGCUGGGAUUGUGGAUCAUUUGUUGGGAUGUGAAGGUGCAGAUGAUGUAGCUGUCGCUAUGGAGAGAGCCAAGGAAGCUAUUGAUAGUGGGAAGGCUCUGAAGAAACUUUUGAAUUACAUAGAGAUCUCACGCAAGAUGAAAUAGUUCCCAACAAUCUGGAGUCUUGACAAAACAUACACUGAGUAUAGAAAGCUUACGCCUUCUUUUGGUCUUCUUCUUUUUGUGGAAAAACUCUCUAUUGUUGUUGUUGAAAACUGAGUGGGACACAUAACACAAUGCUUGUGGUGGCUCUCUGUUGAUAGCUGUUGAAUCGCAUGUACAGAUUCUGGAGAAAAAAUUGGUUAUUUUUAAUUUUGUUUUGAGUGAUUCACAGUUCAUCUUCCCACUCCCACACUCAUGUUAAGUGGAUUUAUUAUGAUCCUUAUUCAAA